AUGGCAACCUCCCAGGACAAAGAUGUCUAUGUAAUGGAAGAAAAUGAGGGUGAACUUCAGCGACUCGCAAAUCAGCACGAGAUAAUCACAAAAUAUUUGGGCACAUUGGCUCUGGCUCCAGUGGACUUUUCUCGGCCAAACCUUCGUAUACUCGAUUCAGGGACAGCAGAUGGUCUGUGGCUCCGGGAGCUCAGGGACUCCAAUGACACACCACAUACGUACGUCGGCACCGAUAUCACCGAAGCCUGGUUGCCCAAAGACCCCCCUCCAGAGUUCAGGUUUCAUGUCCAAUCGAUUACCCAGCCCUGGCCCCAGGAGUGGACGGGCACUUUUGACUACGUGCACCAACGCCUGACCCUGGCGGGGGUCGGCUCAAGCCCCCUGGCUGACUGCAUAACGAGCUUGGCGCGGCUCGUGAAGCCAGGAGGCUAUCUCGAGCUAGUCGACGCCGAUUUUGGUGGAGAGUCGCCCAACGGACCUGCUGCGAGGCAUUUUGAGCGACUGAUGGCAAAGUUUCUCGACACCAUCGGCAUCGGAUACACAUAUGCAAACGGCUUGCCGGCUCACGUGGAAACGGCAGGCCUGGUGACUGUACAGAGCAAGACUUUCGUCAUCAAGUACGGGGCAGCCUGCGAGGAUCCAGCGUUGGGGGCCAAGGGUGUCUCCCACCUGCUAUCAGCCUCAGUGGGCAUGCAGGCGUUUCUACGAGGCCAGCCAAACUCGGGAAUAGAUCAGGAAUUACCAGCGGACUUUCUGGAUCAGCUGAAGCGAGAACUAGAAGAAAUCGGUGCCAGUUUCAAGAUGAUUGCAGUGUGGGCUCGGAAGCCGGAGUAG